GCAUGACGCAAAACGCGGAAGUGCUUGUUGUUUUUGUUUGUCUCGCCAUGAAUUGAGCUCAAAAUAACAAUAAAACAAGCUUCCAGGCUUCACGGACGGAGCGAUCUCUUGUGACUCGGCCUGACAAUGUUCGGCAAGUCUUCGGGUUAUGAGUAUCGGAGUCUGUCGCAGAGAGAUUCAGAGUACGGUGAUACUCCUGGACUGUUUUCGUCUCAUGCCGCAUUCACUCACAAUAAUUAUGACCAGAGAGGACAUUCAUUUGAUUAUGUGCCUAAAGUCUCUCAAAACGACUUUACAGAUAAAUCUCAGGGAUUGUUGUCCUGGAUUUGCAACUUGAUCGUGACAUUCCUGGUUUUCCUAGUUACCUUCAUAACCUUUCCCAUAUCUGGAUGGUUUGUCCUAAAGGUCGUGCCGAACUAUGAGAGGAUCGUUGUUUUCCGCCUGGGCCGGAUCCGUCCUCCUAAAGGUCCAGGUGUGGUUCUGGUUCUGCCUUUUAUUGAUCAGUGGCAGAAGGUUGAUCUGCGGACGAGAGCCUUCAGCGUGCCGCCGUGCAAGGUCACCACCAAAGACGGUGGUCUGGUGUCGGUGGGAGCAGAUAUCCAGUUCCGGAUCUGGAAUCCGGUCAUGUCCGUGGUGGCGGUGCAGGAUCUGAACGCCUCCACCCGCCUCACCGCACAGAACGCCAUGAUGCAGACCCUGAGCAAAAAAACCCUGAGAGAGAUCCAGACUGAGAGGAUCAAACUCGGGGAACAUCUCGGGAUGGACAUGAACGAGAUGACGAAGCCGUGGGGGCUGGAGGUGGACCGCGUGGAGCUGAUCCUGGAGGGGGUGCUCCGGGAGCCGGACGGGGGUCACCCGGGGCCCGUCAUUAUGCCCCCCUCUGUCCCUGGGCUGGAAGGACUCACCGGACCCAUACAGCAGCUCGCAAUGCACUUCCUGAGCCAGACGGCUGCGUCCCAAUCCAGUCGAGAUUCUGUGAGUUUGUCGGACGAGCUGCGCUCCGAUGCAGCGGUCAGUCGUGUGGAUGGACUGAUGGAGGCGGUCCGCUCAGUGCUGUCAGAGCAGCUGGUUCAUCAGGUGCGAGCCUGUUACGGCUUUCAGAUCACCUCCGACUCCGGACACAACAGCUGCUACUACGUGGACCUGACACAAGGUGCUGGAGCAUGCGGAGCCGGCGUCCCUCAGCGGGAGCCCGAUGUUUCUCUGAGCAUGAGCGAGCGGGAUCUGUUGGCUAUGUUCGAGGGCGUCCUACGACCGCUCACCGCCUACAGCAGCGGCAGACUGAGAGUUCAGGGAGAUCUGAACACCGCCAUGAAGCUGGAGACGCUCAUCAGACUCCUCAAGACCACGUCAUGUCCUUCGUAGCGCUUUCGUUUCCGUUUAAUCAAAGGGCUUAAGGUUUAAGACGGGAGGUGUAUUAUUGUGAAUGGAUAGAAUUUAUUUUGCUGCUGUGUCGGUGUUGUUUAUUUAUAAUAGUGUGGAGUGGCAAGAACCGAGCAUUUCAUUUCAUGCACGUGUGCUUUUUUUGUUUUUUUACA